GGAGGUGCCGUUGGAGGGGAUGGCGCAGGCGGUGGACUUGGAAGCGCUGGCGGCGGGAGCGCUGAGAGCGUUUAAUGCUGGGGAAGUGCCUGCUGCGAAACCGAGCCAUGCGGAGGAGGUGGGGGGACAGGUGGACGGCCACCAGCGGCAUAUGUCGUCUCCCAAGAUAUCCACUAUAAACGGGAAUCAUGAACAUCUCGCGCCGAUCCAGGAGGCGUCCCCGAAGGCCGAGAAGCUGACGAACGUUACCCUGCCGUCGAUCUCGUCGCAACUAGGCAAUCUAGGUGAGCUCAAGCAUCUGGCAGAUGCCGCUAUCACAGCAGCUGUCGAUACAGCCCCUCCCAACGGCCACCGCCACUCGAUAUCCAUCCAAUCUCCGCUGCAAACGCCUCUCUUCCGUGUAGGCGACCCAGCCCACCACCACCCACCAAGCCAGGUUCACACCUCACCACCACCCAUCUCCCCGCACGAAAGCUUCCACACCAUCCCCUCGCCCGGCCUGCCCGCGCCCCCAUUCUUCUUCCGGCGCCAAUCCCAAGUCUCAUACACCAGCGGCGGCGACUUCGCAGGGAAUGUAGCGGAUGCACCAACCACCGAUCACUCCGGGUCGGCACCCAACGGGAUCCCGGCCGGCAUCGACCGCAUGAGCAUCGACGGCAUCACGAACCCCCUCGUCGGCGGAUUCCAAUGCUCGUACCCCGGCUGCACGGCCCAGCCCUUCCAGACGCAGUACCUGCUCAACUCGCAUGCGAACGUGCAUUCGCAGAACCGGCCGCACUAUUGCCCCGUGAAGGGGUGCCAGAGGAGCGAGGGCGGGAAGGGGUUCAAAAGGAAGAAUGAGAUGAUUAGACAUGGGCUGGUGCAUGAGUCGCCGGGGUAUGUUUGUCCGUAUUGUAUGGAUAGGGAACAUAAGUAUCCGAGGCCGGAUAAUUUGCAACGACACGUCCGCGUCCACCACGUAGACAAAGACAAAGACGACCCCCUCCUCCGCGAAGUCCUCGCUCAGCGCCCCGAAGGACCCAGUCGAGGCCGCCGCAGGCGCGGCGGAAAUAAUUAACGAAAUUCUCUUUUUUACUCAUGUUACCCCUGUUUGCACACGGCGUUAAGAAAACCCCUCGACGAAACGCCAACUAUAUGUGUGGCCUACGAUCGAUCGUAGCCCCGCUCCGCCCCGCGAUUAGCAAAG